AUGCCGGGCUACGCGAGGUUCCUGUUCGUGCUUCUGUGUCUGGUUCUGCUCGGGGAGUGCAGGAGACACAAAAGUCGGAAAAAGCGCUGGUCUGCGCCGACAGAGACGCACAAGCCGGGCAGCCCUCUGUCCAAGAAGGUCGCAGAUGGAACCAAAUCCAAAAAGGUGAAGACCAGCCACCUUCUGCGCAUUGACGACCACGACUUCACCAUGAGGCCGGCCUUCGCAGGUCCAGCUGUCCCCGUUGGAGUGGAUGUUCAGGUGGAGAGCUUGGACAGCAUAUCGGAGGUAGACAUGGACUUCACCAUGACCCUGUAUCUGCGGCACUACUGGAAGGACGAGAGGCUGGCCUUCCCGAGCACCACCAACAAGAGCAUGACCUUUGACGGCCGCCUGGUGAAGAAGAUCUGGGUGCCCGACGUGUUCUUCGUCCACUCCAAGAGGUCCUUCAUCCACGACACCACCACUGACAACAUCAUGCUGCGGGUGUUCCCCGACGGCCACGUCCUGUACAGCCUGAGGGUUACAGUCACUGCUGCGUGCAACAUGGACUUCAGUCGUUUCCCUCUGGACUCGCAGACGUGCACGCUGGAGCUGGAGAGCUAUGCGUACACAGACGAAGACCUGAUGCUGUACUGGAAAAGCGGCGAUGAGUCUCUGAGCACCGAUGACCGGAUCUCUCUGUCUCAGUUCCUCAUCCAGAAGUUCCACACCACCUCCAGACUGGCGUUCUACAGCAGCACAGGCUGGUACAACCGUCUGUACAUCAACUUCACUCUGCGGCGUCACAUCUUCUUCUUCCUGCUGCAGACCUACUUCCCCGCCACCCUGAUGGUCAUGCUGUCCUGGGUGUCCUUCUGGAUCGACCGCAGGGCCGUCCCCGCCAGGGUCUCAUUAGGUAUAACCACGGUGCUCACCAUGUCCACCAUCAUCACCGGAGUCAACGCCUCCAUGCCUCGGGUCUCCUACAUCAAAGCCGUGGACAUUUACCUCUGGGUCAGUUUCGUCUUCGUCUUCCUGUCCGUGCUGGAGUACGCUGCCGUCAACUACCUGACGACGGUGAGGGACGGCAAGGACCGCAAGCUCAGAGAAAAAGCCCGGCAACAGACACUCCCAUGCACCUGCGGCAUGUCCCACGCCAGGACCAUGAUGCUGGACGGCACCUACAGCGAGGCGGACGCCAACAGCCUGGCCGGGUACACGCGGGGCUCCAUGGCGGCUGAGGAUUCAUCAGAAAAGCAGGAGCGGAUGGUGGUUCAUCUCUCUCUGGACACCGAGCCCACGGGGACCAAGAAGAAGGGCAUCCGCGGCUUCCGGAUCAUCCAGAACACCCACGCCAUCGACACCUACUCCCGCAUGAUCUUCCCCGGCGCCUACAUCCUGUUCAACCUGGUCUACUGGUGUGUGUACUGCUGAGCGUCUGUGCGUUUGAGACGAAACUGUAGCAGUGAAGGACAUAAAACUGUAGCAGUGAAGGACAUGAAACUGUAGCAGUGAAGGACAUGAAACUGCGAAACCUUUUUGUUGACCUUAGAAGAGAGAGACACAGCUGUUUCUGGAGGAGCAGGUUUUACUGGAUUGCAAAAGAACAUCAGAAGCUUCUGGGUGUGAACAUUUCAUCGCUGGACUGGAGCUCUUCAACAGCUUCUCCUGCUUUACAUGAUUAUAUCAGAAACUCAUUUUUACCCCUCAAUCAGUGUGCGAAACACGUACGCAAUAUACAAGAUUUAAUGGAUGCAAGCAAAUACAACUAGGCUGUUCACACUUUGCAGACACAUCAAUCAGUAAUCAGCUUAUAUAGUUAUCAAUAAAACCGCUCACACAACUACACAACUACGCCCUCAAACAGAAUAUGCACGCUCGCCUCUCUUUCUCUAGCCCGACAAACAGACUUUCUUCUAGUUGCCGUCCUGGUAUCCAAGAAGAGAAGAGACAAUGUCCUGCUUUAAUCAGGUUCUCAUGAAAAGGCACUGGAUCAAAUUUGUCCAAAAGGGGUUUCCGUUUAGGUCCACAAACUGACAUGAGGACAGCAUUGCUUCGCGCAACCCUAUUGCGGUUCUGGCUGUCUGUGUGUUUAAACGUCACGGCGUAAAAUUGUCUCGCGCUCUCACUGUUCAUAUUUAUGAAUAUAUGUUUUGGAGCUUGAAUAAUGACAACUGCUGGGCAUAAAUAAGCUUUUAAAAGACAUCUUAGUGACAAGAGAAAAAUACAGUAAAUGUCUUGUGAUUUUAGCUUUUGCAAUUGAGGCUUUCAGGGGGUCUAAAGUGGGUCUCAAUCAUACU